UGCUCAAGCUGGGCUUAAUAUAGAUCUCACGCAGAUAGCAGCAGAAUUACUGCUCCCUCCCAUAUUGCAACAUAUUUUUGGGGAGUGGAGGGGAGUUGAGGUAGGAGUAGGGGUGGGGGUGAAGACAGAGGAAAGUAACAGGUCUGAGGGCUCCUGCUUGAGCUGAAAGCCACUCUCCAAGACACUCUCCCUUCCUGUAGCUGAAGAUGUCUGAAUACAGCAAUGACUCUGGGCAAGAAGAAGCAGAAGGGUCCAUGGUGGUAGGGGAUCUGGAAGAGGAUGAGAUCCUUGCCACACUGUCCGCCGAGGAGCUGAAACAACUGCAGAGCGAGAUGGACGAUCUGGAGCCAGACCUGCAGGUGCCCAUCGGGCAUAGACAGAGAGACCAGACGGCCAGACCUCCCACCGGCUCCUUCAACCACAGGUCACUGAUUGACUACAUACACUGGGAGAAGGAGACGAGUCGCAUCUUGGAUGAAGAAAGGGUCCCUGUUAACGUUGCCCAGCAGCCAGUGCAAAAUAUAACUGAGGCUUUGGAGGAGCUGCAAGCUGAAGAAAAAAACAGCUGUGAGCAAAACACAAAUGUCCGAGGUGAUAGCGAUAAACUCAAAGAAACUGUUCAAUGUCUGAAUGAAAACAGCCAAUGGAUUCAGCAAGGUCUUGAUGACGUGGUUGAUUGUAGGGAGAUAGAAUGCAAACCAGAGAAGGAGAAGGAAAUGCUGGGGCUUCUUAAGACUCAGCAAAGUGGAGACCAGAGAGUGACUGAACCUGUGUUAAACGCUGAAGAAAAUAUCAGAGAUGCACAUGAAAUAUCAGAGAGCAGCAAUUCAGAUCAUUCUCCACUGCAGCAGCCGAUUAUGGAGCAGAAGAAUGAAGAUACCAUGACUGUGUGUAAUAAGCCAGAGCCAAGCUCCUCCACUGAAGAUCAGAGCAAUGUGAAUGGCAGCAAAGAAGAGAAUAAAGAAGAUCCCACACACGUGAAUGAAAGUCAAGAGAAUGCAGAGAAGAAAAUAGCCAAAAUAAAGACACCAAAGAAGCUUGGAUUGGAUAGUAAUUUUCUGAAACUGACAGCUAGGCCCUCAGGAAACCCAACACUUUUAGACGAAUCUUUGAAUAAUAUUCGCAAGAACAAAGCGGACCUUAAAGAAAUCAACUUGAACAAUAUAGAAAAUGUCCCCAAAGACAUGUUACUGGAGUUUGUGGAAGCUUUGAAGAAGAACAAACACAUCACCACUUUUAGCAUAGCCAACACGGGGGCAGAUGAGAACGUGGCUUUUGCCCUGGCAAACAUGCUUCGGGAGAACAAGAAGAUCGUCACUCUGAACAUCGAAUCCAACUUCAUCACAGGCAAAGGCAUCGUGGCUAUCAUGAGGUGCCUGCAGUUUAACGAGACUCUGAAUGAGCUGAGGUUUCACAACCAAAGACACAUGUUGGGUCACCAUGCUGAGAUGGAAAUUGCCAGGCUUUUGAAAGCCAACACUACCCUCCUAAAACUGGGCUACCAUUUUGAGUUGCCUGGCCCACGGAUGGUUGUCACAAACCUGUUGACUCGUAAUCUGGAUCAACAGAGGAAAAAGAGGUUGGAAGAGCAGAGGAACCAAUCGGUAAAAGAACAGGGAGAGAUGAUGGAGUCCUUGCAGAAUCUUCCCCCUGGGCUGCUUGAGAUGUUGAGUGACUAUAUGCCUGGCUUCGCAAUGUUCAACAAACAUCCAACCCAUCCAUCAUUGUCCUUUGACAAUUUCCCAGAAAACAACUCCGAGGCAUCCCAAGUGAAACUCCAAAGAACUUCCAAAAUGCAAAAUAAAGCCAAGGCUGAUGAAAAUGGGACACACCUAAAUGAAAAGGCCAAUCUGAAGGACAUGAUAAAGACAUUGAAGCCAGUUCCGAGAGGCCGACAAGCACCUUUGGUUCAAGAGACGCCUCGGGAUCAAUUGUUGAAUGAUAUUCGUCACAGCAAUGUGGCUUACCUAAAAUCUGUUCAAUUGCCAAAUAUCCUGAAUUAGAUUUAUAAUCAUCAUGAAAUGGAAUGCUGAGUGACGUC